CCUCAUACUCGAUCCUUCGCGUGUCUUCUUUCUGAUUCAUUUCUUCUUCUUCUUCUACUCUCUCUCUCUCUCUCUCUCUCUCUCUCUCUCUCUCUCCAUAUAUAUAACACGAGAACGAAGAACCUGUUAUUGAUUCGAUCAGGUACUCAGGUGCAUGUUAACGGAACUUGAUCAAAAUCAUUAGUCUGUUAAAUUCAUCGAAGAUCGAGUUUGAUUUUUGUUAUUGAUUCUCUCUCUCUCCAUAUAUAUAACACGAGAACGAAGAACCUGUUAUUGAUUCGAUCAGGGAGGAAUUAACUUACCAAAGCAUAAAUGGCGGCAGCAGCAGCUCUUGUAGUGGAUGCAGAGUAUUUGAAGGAGAUAGAAAAGGCCCGUCGAGAUCUUCGUGCUCUCAUCUCCAACAAAAAAUGUGCUCCAAUUAUGCUUCGAUUAGCAUGGCAUGAUGCAGGGACUUAUGAUGCUAAAACAAAGACAGGAGGCCCAAAUGGAUCAAUCAGGAACAAAGAAGAAUAUAUGCAUGCAGCAAACACUGGUUUGAAAAUUGCUAUUGAUCUCUGUGAAGAAGUGAAGGCCAAACACCCGAGAGUUACAUAUGCUGAUCUCUAUCAGCUUGCUGGAGUUGUUGCAGUUGAGGUGACUGGAGGCCCCACCAUUAACUUCAAACCUGGAAGGAAGGAUUCAAAAGUGUCCCCUAAUGAAGGACGUCUUCCUGAUGCCAAACAAGGUCCAGCACAUCUCAGGGAUGUGUUCUACAGGAUGGGGCUAUCAGACAAAGAUAUAGUUGCACUUUCUGGUGCUCACACUUUGGGAAAGGCACAUCCAGAAAGGUCAGGAUUUGAUGAGAAACCAUGGACCAAAGAUCCUUACAGGUUUGACAACUCUUAUUUCCUGGAGCUUCUAAAAGGAGAUUCAGAAGGAUUGCUGAAACUUCCCACUGAUAAAGCUUUACUGGAUGACCCAAACUUUCGUACCUAUGUUGAACUUUAUGCAAAGGAUGAAGAUGUGUUUUUCAAAGACUAUGCUGAAUCACACAAAAAGCUUUCAGAACUUGGGUUCACCCCACCACGCUCAAAGACUACAUUAUUUGCACAAACUGCUGUAGGAGUUGCUGUUGCUGCUACUGUGGUCAUCCUCAGUUACUUAUAUGAAAUCAACAGAAAGUGCUAAAUUUAUACAUGUUAUAAUAAUAAUAAUAAUAAACCCAAACCUGAGACUCAUCAUCAUGAUUUGCAUUCAUAUAAAUAAGAUUGAUACAAUGCUUAUUGUUUUAGACUAUCGCCUACAUUGUGAAGGCAAAUUUUCAAUUAAGUUAAACAAAGAAAAAAAAAAACAUGAGUUGGGUGCACAAACACUCCAACAACUAACACCAAACCAAAUUACCCAACCUCAGUGAGAGAAGAACAAGUCUAUCUUCUCCAUCAUCAUCCUAUUCCAUUAAAUUAAAAGUCAGUAAUCAUCUUCGAUUCUUCAAGCUCUUGGACUAAGAGUCGAAGUAAUAUCUUGAAAAACCUUCAACCUUUUCUCAAUUUUCCUCCCAACAACCUUUCCUGUCUCAAUCUUCAUCUUCUCCGGUUCAGUCGUCGUCGUCGUGGAACCCAAAACCGCCGCAAGAAUCGCCUCCUCAAAAUCCUUACUGUCCGGCAAAAGCCCACUCCAGUCGUUUUUCUCCGGCGACCCUGAUUUCCUUCUCGCCUUCACCUCCAUUUCUCCGGCGUCCUUUUCUCCGUUCACUGACCUCGUUCUCUUUAGCCCCUCCGCCGCAUUUUCACCGGUUUUCACGUAAAAAGGCUUAGCAUCGAUAUUCAGUGAAUUAGAAUUAGAAUUGAGAUUCACAGGUGGGCCCACCACCACCACCGGUUUUUUAUUCUCAUCACCAAAACCAUCUUCGGUUUUUUUGUUUGAAACAGGUACAGGUGCAGAAGAUAAAUGUUCUUUGCAAGGUUGAGGUUGCCAAAGGGCGGAAGAACCCAAGAAAGCAUCAAAUAGUUUCCUCUGUUCAACUCUAUCUCCGCCGCUAUUCAUCAUCUCUGAUUCCAAAUCACGUAACAUCUGUUGAGCUCUUUCGUAUGCUUUCAGAUGUGAAUCCACCCCACGUGGCCCAUCCACCACCGCAGGUUUCACUAACCUUAAAGUAUCCUUAGCUUCUCCGAGCCUCCCUUGUUUCAUCAAACAAAUCCCUAAAUUACACAUCUUGUUGUUGUCAGGCGCUAUCACUAAAGCUCUCCUGUAUGCAUCUUCUGCUUCGAUGUAGUUGUUCUGUUGCAUCAACGCCCACCCCAAAUUCCCGAGUAGCCGAGUUGCCUCUUGUUCGACUGACACUUGGAAUUUCUUUCCUUGAGAUCUUGCUGUUUUUGUUCGUUUCCCAUUGAAGGCCAUUCCUUGUUGGAUUAAGAACAAUUUGUGUCUUAAUAAUCCGAUUUGGUCAUCCAAUCUUCCGCAUCUCUUGUAGAGAUCUAAAAGGAUAUUAUCGAGAGACUCUUGAGCUUGAUCUGAGCAUCUUCUUCGCAACGACUUAAUCGCUUCAAUGGCUUCUUCUGCUCGAUUCUGUUGUUUCAUAACAAUCGCCAUGUCUUUCAGAGCACUAUCCACUCUAUCUCCGGCGUUAAUGGCUGCCCAAAACAACGGAAUCGCCCUCUCCGGAUCCUUCUCUACCAAUUGAACGUUUUUCGCUCUGACAUAAGGAGAAUCACCGACUGGGACCUUGUGGGUAACAUGGAAAGAUUCAGACCGAGUUGAGUUCGAGUUCAACGAGUCAGACCGAGUCAAGUUUGAAAUCAUGGACUCGGAUCGAGUUGGAUUCAAAUUAAACGACUCAGACCGAGUCCUCAAUACCCCAGCACCCAGAGGUUUUAAUGGCGAUGACGGCGCCGAUUUGGUGGUUCUGAACCCCGGCGGAGCGUUCCACAUAUCUUGCAUCAUCUUGAUUGAUUUGAUUUUUUGAAGGGUUACUUCAAAAAAAGAUUAAUCUUUAUUAGAAGAUAUGUGGAUUUGCAGAGUGAGAGUGAUAUAACCAGUAAUAAUGGUGGCGGAGGCUGAGAAAAAGAGAGAGAUACGGCGGAGGGUUUGAGGUAGAGAAAGAGAAAGAGAUGAAGGAGGAAGAGGGGAGAGGCGGU